AUGAAGGCCUUCACCGUUGCUGCUAUCUUCGGCGCCGCCGCCCUGGCCGCCCCCAACCCCGACAAGACCGUCUACCAGACCGAGGAGGUCACCAUCACCUCCUGCGGCCCCGAGGUCACCAACUGCCCGGCCAGCUCCGCCGCCACCGCCGUCCCCUCGGCCCCGGCCUACGGCACCCCCGAGGCUUCCGUCCCCGCCUCCUCUGAGGUUGAGGGCGUGACCUCCGCCCCCUCUGCCCCGGCCCAGUCGUCGACCUCGACCAUCUACUCGACCAUCGUCUCCUCUGGCUCUGAGGGCGUUGUCACCCAGACCGUCGCCAUCUCGACCACCAUCUGCCCGGUCACUGCCACCGAGACCCCCGGCGCUCCCGCUGGUACUCCCUCGGCCCCGGCUGCCGGCACUCCUGAGGGCGGUGCUCCCCCGGCUGGUACCCCCGCCUACGGCGCUCCCUCCGCCCCCGCUUCGUCUGGCGUCGAGGGCUCUGUCCCUAGCCCGAGCGCCCCGGCCGCCGGUUCGUCUACUAACACCUGUGAACCCAUCAUCUCGACCAGCACUGUUUACAUUACCCCAGGUGUUCCUUCUUCCGCCCCGGCUGGUACUGGCUACGUCCCGUACCCCACUGGUGGCCCCUACGCUUCCGCCCCCGUUGCCGGCACCCCUGGUGUCCCGGUUACCCCCACCAGCCCUGCUGGCACCCCCGUUGCCACUCCUCCCUCUUACACCGGCGCUGCCAACGCUAUGAACGCUGCUGGUGCGUUCGCCGGUGUUGGUGCCAUCGCCGCUUUCUUCCUGUAA